UCUGGGAGGAGACAUCGCGGGUCUCGGGUUGCGGCCCCAGAUUAUAGAGCUGCAGGCCGGGAGGGAGGAUUUUGUUCUUCUACAAAAGAGAAUACUGAAGAAGGAAGAAGAAAUGGCUGUUGGACUUUGUAAAGCCAUGUCCCAAGGAGUGGUGACCUUCAGGGAUGUGGCUGUAGACUUUUCCCAAGAGGAGUGGGACUGGCUAAACCUAUCGCAGAGGGAUUUAUACAGAGAUGUCAUGCUGGAGAACUACAGGAACUUGGUAUGGCUUGGACUCUCUAUUUCUAAACCCAACAUGAUCUCAUUACUGGAACAAGGGAAGGAACCUUGGAUGUUGGAGAGAGAGAUGUCAGCUGGUCAAUGUGCAGACUGGGAGUCUUGGUGUGAAAUCAAGGAAAUAUCUCCAAAAUGCUACCUUGAUGAAGAAGAAAUAUCUCAGGGAAUGGCAACAGAAAAGCUUACAAGCCAUGACUUUGAGUGCUCCAAUGUGAAAGAAGCCUGGAAUUAUGAGGGUGAAUUUGAGCAGCAUCAGGGAAAUCAGGAGAGAUAUUUCAGGCAAGUGACAACUGUUAAGGAAAUCUCUACAGGGCAAAGGGACCAUAAAGAUAGUAAUUCUAGGGGAAACAUCCCCCUGAAGCCCAUACCUUUAACACAACAGAGAGUCCUUAUGGAAGAACAAAUACAUAAAUUUGAUAUUUAUGAGAAAAUCUUCCCCCAAAAUUCAGUCAUAAUUAAACAUACAAGACUCCAUGCUAAAAAAGAAUCUUUGAUAGAUAAAGAAUGUGAAAAAGAAUUCAACCAGAGUAUGCACCUUACAAAAGAGAAACGGAUUCCUUCUGGUGAGAAAUCUUAUGAAAGUAAUGAGUUUUCAAAUCUCUUAAGUUUUCAUUCAUUACUUACUCAAAAUCAGACUACACAACUUGAAAAAUUACCCCAUGGAUACAAUAAGUGUGAUGAUACCUUUCGCUGUUACUCAUUUUUUACUCAACCUCAGAGAAAUCACAAUGGAACAAAGCAAUAUGCAUGCAGUAGCUGCGGAAAAGCCUUUAGCCAUGAUUUUUUUCUCAGCAAACAUCAGAGAACUCAUAUUGGAGAGAAACCGUUUGAAUGUAAAGAAUGUAGCAAAGCCUUCAGACAAAGUGCACACCUUGCCCAGCAUCAGAGAGUCCACACUGGAGAGAAACCCUUUUCAUGCAAUGAAUGCGGGAAGGCCUUUAGCCGUUAUGCUUUCCUUGUUGAACAUCAGAGAAUUCACACGGGAGAGAAACCCUAUGAAUGUAAGGAAUGUAACAAAGCCUUCAGACAGAGUGCACACCUUAAUCAACACCAGAGAAUCCACACUGGAGAGAAACCCUACGAAUGUAAUCAAUGUGGAAAAGCCUUCAACAGACGCAUAGCCCUUACUCUACACCAAAGAACUCAUACAGGAGAGAAACCCUUCAAGUGUAAUGAAUGUGGGAAGACCUUUGGCUAUCGCUCACACCUAAACCAACACCAGAGAAUUCAUAGUGGAGAAAAGCCCUAUGAGUGCAGCAAAUGUGGGAAGUUUUUUAGAACUCACUCACAGCUGAAUCGGCAUCAUAGAAUUCAUACUGGAGAGAGACCAUUUGAAUGCAGUAAAUGUGGGAAAGCCUUUAGUGAUGCGUUAGUCCUAAUUCACCAUAAGAGAAGUCAUGCAGGAGAGAAACCCUAUGAAUGUAACAAAUGUGGGAAGGCCUUUAGUUGUGGCUCAUACCUUAAUCAGCAUCAGAGAAUUCACACUGGAGAGAAACCCUAUGAAUGUAAUAAAUGUGGGAAGGCUUUCCAUCAGAUCUUGUCCCUCAGGCUACACCAGAGAAUUCAUGCUGGAGAAAAACUCUGCAAGUGUAAUGAAUGUGGGAAUCAUUUCAGCUGUGCCUCAGCCCUAAGGCGACAUCAGAGAAUGCACAAUAGAGAAACCUUUUGAUUAUAAAAAAUAUAUAAGAAAGAACACAUUUAGUCUCUACUCUUUAUUGAAUAUCAUUUCAUUAUUUUAGGAUCGUAAUUCUAUGAACAUAGUAUAUAUGAGAAAGUCUUCAGCCCAUGUACUCUCCUUAUUUGAAAUAUAGUGGAAAUCUGAGUAGUGGACAU